GGGUGGAGUUAGGGAGCAGCGCUUUUAGGAAUGGGACCCGAGCGCUAUUCAGUUAGACAGCAGAGUCACGCAGAAGAGCUGGAAACACCUGAUGUUCUCUCUGGGACCGUCGGCUCCGCACAACUCCCACGUUUACUGUCGGAAGAAAAAUCUACCUCCAAGCUCCAUUUUUGUCAAGUUUUCGUGUUGUUUCCUCCCGCGAAAAAGUUCCACUUCCAGCCGAUCUUUCUCCUCUGUCUUCACCCAAAGACUUAUUGAUAAGGAGACAUUGCACUAUUGUUUUUAACUGUUCGAUUUAUUGUACUUUGCACUAAAGAUGCACACCACGCAAAAGGACACGACCUAUACUAAGAUCUUCGUCGGGGGUCUUCCCUACCACACCACGGACUCCAGUCUCAGGAAAUAUUUUGAGGUGUUCGGCGAGAUCGAAGAGGCGGUGGUGAUCACCGACAGGCAGACGGGCAAGUCCCGAGGCUACGGAUUCGUGACGAUGGCAGACCGCUCCGCUGCAGACCGGGCCUGUAAAGACCCCAACCCGAUCAUCGAUGGCAGGAAGGCCAACGUCAACCUGGCCUACCUGGGGGCCAAACCCCGCGUGAUGCAGCCGGGUUUUACCUUUGGUGUUCCACAGAUUCACCCUGCGUUCAUCCAAAGGCCUUAUGGCAUCCCCGCCCACUAUGUCUACCCUCAGGCCUUCGUGCAGCCCAGCGUGGUCAUCCCCCACGUGCAGCCUGCAGCGGUGGCGCCCGCCACCGCCUCCUCGCCGUACCUGGACUACACUGGAGCCGCCUACGCGCAGUACUCGGCGGCCGCCGCCAGCGCCGCCGCCGCCGCGUACGAGCAGUACCCGUACGCGGCCUCGCCCGCAGCCACGGGCUACAUGGCCUCCGCCGGCUACGGCUACGCCGUGCAGCAGCCGCUGGCCGCCGCCGCGCCGGGCUCGGCCGCCGCCGCCGCGGCUUUCAGCCAGUACCAGCCUCAGCAGCUGCAGGCGGACCGCAUGCAAUAGCAGCCACCGCGGGCUGAGAGUGGCUUUAAGGGCAGAGGCAGAGUUGCUUUAAAAAGGUGAUGAUGGUGAGGGUGGUAGUGAUGAUGAUGAUGAUGAUGAUGAUGAUGAUGAUGAUGGUGAGGUGGGAACUUUUUACAGUAACUUUCCAACUUGCUGUGCUUCAACCAAAAAAAAAAAUGAGAAAACGAAAAAAGUCACAGAACAAAUAGAGGAAAGGAAUUUACUAUUAUUGUUAUUGUUAUUACUCUGAUUAUUAUCAUUACCAUUAUCAUUGUAUUAUAGUACUUAUUUCUAGAGACUGCAGGAACUAAUCCCUGUGCUUGGUAUAGGUGUUGAACUAAGCCUUUAAGUCCUAUUGCUGUCUUUAACGUUAGUUUAGGAAGCUGUUCUCUUUUUUUCUUGUGGCGUUCCACACAUUUGAUGCCCUCAUAACACUUCUAUUUAUUAUUGUUAUUGUUGAGGGCUCUCCUCAUUCUUUUCGUCUUUUCAAGUGCAUUUUUUUGAGUCAAUAAUUUCUGAUAAUCAGGGAAAUGGAACCGUUUCCAACGUGUUAGCUAUCAUUAUGUGACCUCUGUCAGGAAGUCGUAGCUUGUUGUGUCACAUAUUUGACGAACUACCUUUUUAUUAUUUUCCUGAUGCUGAAUGUCCCUUUUUUUAUUCUGUGUCUCGACCUCGUGACCUAUGCAAAGCAAACACACCAACAGGAGACGACAAAGCAAAGAAGAGCAACAAAAAACUGAACGUGUCAUCAACUCUGACUUGGCUCUUGGACUGAAACGGGGACAAAGGCGCUGACAAAAGGACAGAGGUUCGGACAAUGAGAAACACUAAAUCCAUGUUUCGCCGACACAUAAAUGCACGCAUGCAUCCAGAGCUGCACACAUGACGGUCAGAGACAAAGGCGGCACAGUCGCGUUCCUCCCCACCUCUGGGAUGGGGAGAAAGGAGAACGAGGGAGGCGGAGGCGGAGGGGGAGCAGCUGCCGGUGGGGGAGGACGGAGCCGCUCCAGCGCCACACAGACGGAUCGCUCUGGAAAGAACGCAUCACUUGUGCUCGUUUGUUGAGCUGUCACAUUUUAAUCCCCGGCCGGGCCCUUUUGGGAACCAGCUCCGCGGCCCUCCACCCCGCACGGAGCCCCCCCACCGCGCCGCCGUCAGCAUUUCCACCUCUGCUGCUGUAGCCUCACAAACACCAAAGCCACCCCUCGUGUCCGUCAGGAGCAGCGAUGGGGUGGAGAGGUCGGGCCAACUGUUGGACGUUGUGUUGGCCGGUGUGCCUUACAUUUUUAGUGCUAUUUAAGAGAAAAACACAAAAAAGAGAGAAAUCUACUAUUUAAGAUAUUUAUUUCUGAGGGUUGACUAUGUUGACGCUCUGAGAGUAGAGACUUAGUGGCGGUACUGUAUCAAUAAUGUUAUGUACUCAUCUCAAGGCAUAUAAGUUAUUGAUUAGUUUUAGUAAUCAUAUUAUUAUUAUUAUUAAUAAUAUUAUUAAUAUUAACAUACUCAACUGAAAAUAUUAGGGAGUUAUUUAAAAUACUUUCAUGUGCACUGUACUUUAAUUUUUUUUAUCUUUUUGAAUCUUUAGAACCUUAAAUAUUAGCUCAAUGCCUUUUGUAUGGAAGAACCUUAUUUAAAUGCAGGCCUGCAUACGGAUUGUACUCUGCCUCUUCUGUGUUUAGGAAGAAAAAUACGAAUAACUAUGACAAAAACAUGCAAAUAUGCUGCUUUCUCCAUUAGAAUGUAUAGUCGUCGAGGUUUCAGUAGCUGUGCUUCUUUUGCUUCAUAUUCAACAGAUGGGCUAUUUUACACUGUUGGGAAUUUUUAUACUUGAACUAUUUCUUACAAGGGAAAUAUAGAUGACAAAAAAAAUCAAGGAAGCUUUUCAUUGUCACUGGAUGGAGGCAUGUUAAAGUGUUACUGUUAAAAUGCAAAGGUCCUGUUGAUAUUAAACUUUUACUUCAGAAUUUCAACAAAAUCUACUCGAAUUGGAAUAAAAAGUUCUAUAUUUAAAA